UGCACGGUAUGACCUUGAACUCCAGUGGGAAUUUUGGUUUCACGUAGUAGAAUCAAUUAGUUUUCAAGGCAUGGUUGAGGUUUACAAACUCAGAUGUGCAUUGUCUGGACACAAAAGUGAUGUCCGCGCCAUAUGUUGUCCAUCAGAGAGUAAAGUCGUUUCUGCUUCCAGAGAUUUUACUGCAAGGACGUGGUGUAUUUCAAAAGAAAGCUGUGAUGGCUGUGAAAGUUCAGUUCUUCUUGGGCACACAAAUUAUGUAUCAGCUGUAUGUUGUCAAGAGUUAGAUGGUGAAUACCGUAUCCUUACAGGAUCUCAUGAUAAGCUGAUAAGAGGUUAUAAUUUUGAACUUGCAGAACCUCUUUUCGCAUUAGAAGGGCAUGAAGAUGCGGUGUGUACUUUGGCUACUGGACGUCAUAAAACCAUAAUUAGUGGUUCCUGGGAUAAGUCUAUCAAAAUCUGGCAAGAAGGGAAAUGUAUUGCUACUAUUUCAGGUCAUGAAGCGGCAGUCUGGUGCGUGCUCGUUAUGUCGGCAGUAAAUAUCACCGGUAAUGUUGACGAUAUGGUUAUCAUUAGUGGUUCGGCUGAUAGAACUGUACGUGUAUGGUGUAUACGCGGUGUUGGUCAAGAUGCAAAUCCUCCCGAGAGUAUUCUUCUAAAUACUUUAAAGGAGCAUAAGGAUUGUGUACGUGCCUUGGCAUGUAUAGAUGAUUCACGAUUUUUAUCGGCAAGCAAUGAUGCCAGCAUAAGAGCUUGGAAUGCUUCCACAGGCGUAUGUAUAGCUGAAUUUUAUGGGCAUACGAACUUUAUAUAUGGAUUGGCUACGUUACCUAAUUUUUCAAAAUUCGUUUCUUGUGGUGAAGACAGAAGUGUUCGUGUUUGGCCUAUACCUCCUCCAACUGAAUGUGUCCAGGCACAACACUUCAGUUGCCUUCAAACUAUUUCAUUGCCUUGUCAAUCUGCAUGGUGUGUGACUUUGGUACCAAAUGGUGAUAUUGUUGUUGGAGGAAGUGAUGCGAUGGUUCGUAUUUUUUCAUGUGAUCCAAAAAGACAAGCUUCCCAGGAUGUACUAAAGUUAUACGAGACAGAAUUAGCCAAUUUCAAAAUCACACUUCCUAACUCGGUAGGAACUGGAGACUUAGAUUUGAACAAGUUACCGGGAAUUGAUGCUUUAACAAGGCCAGGAAAGUCAGAAGGACAAGUGAUGGUGAUUAAUGACAAUGGACGUUCUGUUUGCUAUCAGUGGUCCUCACACGAAAUUCGCUGGAUUGAAGUUGGGGAUGUUGUAGGAAGCCAGCCGUCCAAUCGUCAAGUAUACGAAGGAAAGGAGUACGAUUUCGUAUUCACUGUUGACAUAGAUGAAAGCAUGCCAGCGCUUAAACUACCAUACAAUCGUACCGAAGAUCCAUGGUUUGCGGCUCAUUCUUUUAUUCAAAGAAAUGACUUACCUGCUGGUUAUCUGGAUACUGUUGCUAAUUUCAUCAUUCAAAAUGCAGGACCACAGGUUGGUUCAGGUGUUGCUAGUGAUUCAUCAUACUGCGAUCCUUUCACCGGAGCACAUCGAUAUAUCCCUCAAAAUCCAUCGGCAGACAAAACAUCUGUGAUAAACACUACUUCAUCACCCUCAAUACCAUGUUUUCCGUCAGAAACGUUUAUACCUAUUAAAGCAAUCAGUCUCGGUCCAUUAAUGAACAAACUGGAAUCUUUCAAUUCACAAUCACCUAUUCCACUGGAUAAUGAACUUUUGGAAGCCUGUAGAAAAUUCAAUUUCGACGACUAUACUGAAUCCCAAGCUGUUUAUCUUACUACGCAUAUUGAAGAUGUUAUUACCAAAUGGAGUCCUGAUGUGGUAUUUCCCUUACUGGAUAUUCUACGUUGUUUAGUUUUUUGGCCUGCGUGCAGUGAUUCCAUAUUUGAAACAACAAAUUGGCAUAAUUUACUUGCCAUUAGUUUAGAUAAACCGGAAUUAUCAAGUGCAAAUUGCUUACUGGUAUUACGCCUGUUAGCAAAUUGUUUAUCUGCAGAUGGACCAAGAUUUUUAGACAUAGUCCGUCAUCAGUCUAACACUUCACCAGUAUCAUCGGAUAAUAUGCCAACUGUACCGAAGUCUUUAGGUGCUGCUUUGGGAGUUAUGAAUAAGUUAGCUGAUCUUGUUAAUGAAAAUAAAUUAGAGUUGGCAACACGUAAACAACACCAAGUUGCAUUGGCUACACUGCUGCAUAAUGUGUCUGUACUUAUUCAUCAAACAAAGACAUGCUCUGUUGUAUCGAAUUUAUUGCCUCAAUUACGUUUUACACCCGGUGUCUGUGUUCGAAUAUGUUUCAGUUUGUUAUCUCUUCCUGUGGACCAUGGUAGUAGUGGUGUGACACAAUUUCAUCCUGAAGCUGUAAACUGUUUAUUUUUGUGUCUUGGUAAUUGUUUAACAUCUGCUACUGCUGAAGUGAAUAUGACGGAUGAACAAAUAAAAGCAAAACGUGUUCGUGUUGUUGCUUCAGCUGUAACCGGUCUAAAAGGCGUGUCAUCAUCUAGUGUCGAUGACAAUGUAAAUAUUGACACAAAUGUUGAUGAAUUUAAAGCCUGGGAAUCAGCUCGUAAAAUUAUAACUUAUUGGGUGACUACACCAACCGCUUGUCCUAAAGUUCGUGCUUGUGCUAGCCAAGUAUUGUCAAUUUUAGAGUGAACAGAAGUUUCAGUUUGACGAGAAACAUAUCUAUUUUAUUGGCAAUACCACAAUAUGGAUACCUUCGAAAUAUGGCUGAUUUUGUGUGUAAAUUUCCCGUUUGUCACAGUACACUGAGUGUAGUUAUUUGGCUUGUUUAGUUUAUGUAAAGACAAAGUAAACAUUUUGUGGUUGAUUUGCUGCAAAGCCGUCCUAAUAUUUCUGUUCUGUUUACCAUUAUCUGAAGUUUUUUGUAUAAUUGCAAAUAUACUAUUUAAUUUAGA